AUGUUCGACAAACUCGAAUUUAUCUUCAUCGAAGACAAGGCAAAGUUCGAUGGAGCUUCCAAGGAGGAACUACGGACCCACUUCCAAGAAUGGGUGGCUGAUAGCUUCUCGGCUGAGAACCCACGCGCUGAUCGGAUGCUUCUAUAUGACAAUGAGCCCGUUGCAAGAUACCGAUUCUUCUUCGAAAUUGACGAGGAUGCAUUGCGCAGCUGUAGUUCUACUAAAAGUUCAGGCAAUGCCAACUUUGUCGAUGGCUUUUCGUUGAGUGAAGACCACCCUGGUAAUCUUAACCUUGCCGCACAAAAGAAUCUUGAACAGUCGCAGAAUCAAGUGGAGGUUAUUGAAGGCUGUUCGGAUGUUGACUGGAUGAGAAUGGACAUGUCAUUUUUCAUGGACCCUCAUUUUUACGCAGGCAUGAGCAUGUCGGUAAAGGAUAUGUGGCCUUUCUUUUACGAGCGCCCUCCUGCUAUUGUAUCGAACAGCAAGCUGAUGCUUUUGAUGCAAUUUCAGUAUUCGGCUCGUAGGCGGUGA